CGAUAGUAGAGCUGUCGCAAGCAACAUUUCAAUCCAAUUCCAACAAUCCACCAUAUCGAAAUAAUGUCUGCAUCAGUCGCCUCGACAUCUACCGCCGGAGAAGCACAAGUCGAUCACUUUAAAACACUCCUCCAGCAAAACUCAAAGCGAUCACGGUCUCUCUUCGCAGAGGGCUUGAAAGAAGAUGAUUCGCAUGUCACAGAGCCAGCCGAACGAUUGGCAAUAGCGUCGCGCAUCCACGCUGAAUACGAUGCUGUGAAGGAAUUACCGCCUGCUUUGGCAGCUAAGAUGGCGAGUGCGCCGGGACCGAGGAAGAAGGCGAAGACAGCUCCCCAGGAGGAAACGACUACGGAUGCGAAAACGAUGAAAUUGAUAGAGGGAGUAGCUUCGAGGGAUAGUAAUAUGGCCGGCACAACUACAGCAUUAACUGUACGGGGGAAGGUCAAUUCAGAGCAUGUACCACCUAACGCCAAUGGACCUACGAUGCAGAGAAACCUACCGUCUUCGAGUCUCGUUCGGAAACAGACAGUUAUACAGGUCAAACCAGAAUGGCAUGCGCCAUGGAAACUGAUGCGUGUAAUUUCUGGGCAUUUAGGAUGGGUGCGAUCGCUAGCUGUUGAGCCGGAGAACAAAUGGUUUGCCAGUGGUGCUGGAGACAGGACGAUCAAGAUUUGGGAUCUGGCGACGGGGAAUUUGAGAUUGACGUUAACUGGACAUAUUUCGACGGUACGGGGUCUUGCGGUCUCCCCUCGGCAUCCAUAUUUGUUUUCUUGUGGGGAGGAUAAGAUGGUGAAAUGUUGGGAUUUGGAGACGAAUAAGGUGAUUCGACAUUAUCACGGGCAUUUGAGUGGUGUAUAUACGCUAGCUCUUCAUCCAACCCUCGAUGUUUUGGUUACGGGUGGUCGUGAUGGUGUUGCGAGAGUGUGGGAUAUGCGGACUAGAAGUAAUAUUCAUGUUCUUUCCGGUCAUAAGGGUACAGUCUCGGAUCUCAAAUGCCAGGAAGCGGAUCCACAGGUUAUUACUUCGUCACUCGAUUCGACGGUUAGGUUAUGGGAUCUUGCGGCUGGAAAAACGAUGGGGGUUCUUACGCAUCACAAGAAAGGUGUGAGAGCGUUAGCUAUCCAUCCUAAGGAGUUUACUUUUGCGACUGGAAGUACCGGGAGCAUCAAACAGUGGAAAUGCCCCGAGGGAGCAUUUAUGCAGAAUUUUGAGGGUCAGAACUCGAUUAUCAACACGAUGUCUGUCAACGAGGAUAAUGUUCUCUUCUCGGGUGGUAAGUGAAGCUCUAUUGAGUUGUCACGGUCAUUUUACUAAUUGAUAUAGGUGAUAACGGAUCAAUGAGCUUCUGGGAUUGGAAAUCAGGUCACAGAUUCCAGUCUCUAGACACAUUGGCUCAACCCGGUUCUCUGGAUGCAGAGGCUGGACUGAUGAGUUCUACUUAUGACAAAACUGGACUCCGAUUGAUUUGCGGAGAAGCCGAUAAAACAAGUGAGUGCAAGAAACUGGCCCUUUAGAAUAUUAUGCUAACCAAUCCCACAGUCAAAAUAUGGAAACAAGACGAAAACGCUACACCAGAAACCCAUCCACUAGAUUGGAAACCAACAUUAGGCAGGCAAAAGUUUUAGAUGAUUUGUGAAGGAAGGGUGGAAAAAGGAGAACAUUGCACCUGACGGCGAACCGGCGUUUUCAUGUAGGAAUAAGGGAAAGAACUCGAUGGGGUAUCAUAAUUUCGUGUCUGUCUAUAUUAUUUACCUAGCUACUUUACGCCGAGAAUCCAAGAUUUUUGAUCUCUGGAUCAUCUUUGAAAGCCAACU